GCAGUUUGUUUGUCGAUGUCGAAAUUGAUAAGUUGUGAAAUUGCACACUUGCUUUUACUUUUGAUUGCAUUUGAUUUUGUCACUGUGGGACAUAUGUAUUAGAUCAAGUUACUGUGUACAUACAAACUUAAAGAGAAAGUUACAGAAAAGUUACGGAUACCGUUGCCACAAGUCUUUUGGAUGCUUUACCGGCACCGUGGUUAUUUUAAGUUCGCAAAAUAUGUGAUGAAUUUGUUUGUGUUUAGCCAUCGAGUGCUAAACCGUGUAUUCAUUGAUAUUACAAAUUGAUUUUGCGACAAUUAUGAGUAAAUACAACAAAUUGACCAAAAAAAUUGCCCGACAAUAUGGAAAUAAAAACACUGACAAUUCAGAAGAAGUUAAGAAAAGCAUGAAGCUCGAUAGAGAAAUUAGUUCUCCUAAACGUACCUCGGAGUCGCGCCUUUCUGGACAUAGUACACCAAUUCAUAAGAGGGAGUACAUAUACGAUGCAGAGGACUCCCCUGAACUUGAUUAUAAUUAUAGUCCGAUUUCCCAGCAAUGUACUCAAGACGGUGGCAACGAAAUUGCGUGGGACUGGCAAGUUUCUGCGAGUAAGAGCUCCAAUGACAAACCUAUGUCAGCAGCCAAUCUAAUGCAAACUCCCAAGAGGACCAAACAGUUGCAAAAGAAAAGAAACUCUAAUUCUCCUUUGUUGCAAAAGCCGCUUAAAAGAAAGCAAAUGAGAAUGCAAAAUAUGGAAAACAUUGGGAAACUGACUGCUGAAUUGAAAGCUCUGACAGAGAAGAUGAAAACUAUGCAAGGAAAUAGCGAGAUCCAAACUGAACCUAAAAUGAUAGAUUUUGAUGAUGACAAUGAUAUAGAUUUUGUGAUAGAAGUUCGCGAAGACAAUGACAAACCUAAAAUUACAAUUCAGGACGUUGAUAAGAAGGAAACAAAUUAUGAAGAUUUGUUUGAUGAUUCGAUCGAGGAUUCAAUGGUAAGGUGUAGUCAGGAAAUUGAAGAGAAGUUGAGAAUAAAUAAAAGUAAAGGAAGCAUGGAGUUGUCUAUUGUGGCUGAAAAACAAGAGCUAGAAUUGUGUAUCUCAGAAAAAGAGAUACAAUACGCAACAACUUCUCAUAAUUCCAAUUUGAAAAAUUCUGGGACUUCUAAAAGUUCGUUACCCACUAACACAAGCAAUCAUUUCAAAACAUACUCCAACAAUUCCAGUAAAAUGAGCUCGAAUUGUUCAAUUUCUAGUUCGAAAAAUUCUAGUGAACAAAAAAGAAUUUUAAAUAACAACAUGCUGGAUAUGCAGAAUGGGAAAGUAAAAGAUUUGUCAGAUUUUCCGGACGAUUCGUUUGACGAUUGUUUAGCGACUUGCAUAGAGGAUGAGAAAUUACUUUCCAAGUCGUCUGAAUACGAUUUCGGUGUUUUGAAUAUCAAUCGUGUUCAGGAUCAUCAGAAGAAAACUUAUUCUAGACAAAGUAAUUCUAAUACUAUAGGGAAUAAAAGAUCUCCGAGCAAUUGCGCUGCGAAGCCUUCUAAUACUGUCACAAUACAUAAUAAGACUAACGAUCACGAAAUUUCUAAGCUAUCAUUUGGUAAUGAUUUGGCAGAUGAUUAUGGAAAUGACAGUUGUAAGGAAACGUUAACAGAAAAGGUUGGCUUAGAGAAUCGAAAGUUCUUUAAAACAAAAAGUCUGUCAGGUCAGUACUUUCAACGGCUUAAAAAUUCUAGCACAAAUAAUAAGGCCAAUAAAGUUAUUACGUCUUCCGAGAAACCAUAUCAGUCGAAUACAGACGAUUCGUUAGUAAGUAAUCGUUCUUCCAUUACGUAUGAUCAAGUACUGUAUGCGAGUAAUGAUUUUCCAUCGAAUAGCGGCACGGAAAAUGUAACAAUCGACGGAUUGCAAGAAAGCCAAGCUAGUGACCGUACCGUGAAAUAUAUGUCUACUAGUAAUUUAAGCACGCAAAAGGAGACUGCCAAAUCGGUUCAACCCACUCAGUGUACCCCCCAAGAGAUAGAAAGAAAACGUCUGGAGGCGAAGAUGAAAUUAGAAGCUAAACGGAAACUGCAGAGGAGUUCAGUAUCUAGUUCUCAAUCAGUAGUUCCAGUGAAGAGACCUGUAAAAAGGUGAUUGUCUUCGGCAAGAUCCACCUGGAAGACCAGUUUUUUACGAAGCAACGUUGUUCUACAUACAACCACCGACGUGCCACUUACCAGUGCUUCUGUGAUGUAAACUGUAUUAUUGUUUAAAUAAAGAUUUUAGUUAAUAGAUAUUUUUUAACAGUAUAAAGAUCCAAGUUAUAAAUACAGUUAAGAAUCAUGUUCCACAGUUUUUAAACAGAAAUGAUUUUCUAUUCUAUGAUCGUUGAAGGAACUGGUAUUAUUUUGCAGGGACAACCGAUAAAUUAUAAGUACCGUAUAAAAAAGAGUAAUUAUCGAUGUAUAUUAUAUUGGUUCCGAAAUAUAUUUAUUUGUUUGUAACGUGUGUUUAGACAGUGCCUUUACACGUGAAACAGAUGUAACGAACAUGAGCGACUAGCCAUGACACUGUAGAACGUUACAAUACUAUACAUAUACAGUAUUUUAUCAAAUAUAAUUCCUAUAUAUUUGGU